CUAAGAUGUUUAUAUGGACCAGCGGCCGGACCUCUUCAUCUUACAGACACGAUGAGAAAAGAAACAUUUACCAAAAAAUCAGGGACCAUGACCUCUUGGAUAAAAGGAAAACAGUCACAGCACUGAAAGCAGGAGAGGACCGGGCCAUCCUCCUGGGACUGGCCAUGAUGGUAUGCUCCAUCAUGAUGUACUUUCUGCUGGGCAUCACAAUGCUGCGUUCCUACCUGCAGAGUGUUUGGACUGAAGAAUCUCAAUGCACCUUGCUGAAUGCAUCCAUCACAGAAACAUUUAAUUGCUCCUUCAGCUGCGGUUCAGAAUGCUGGAAAGUCUCUCAGUAUCCCUGCCUCCAGGUGUACGUUAACCUGACUUCAUCUGGGGAAAAGCUCCUUCUCUAUCACAAUGAAGAGACAAUGAAAAUCAAUCAGAAGUGCUCCUAUAUACCUAAAUGUGAGAAAAACUUUGAAGAAUCCAUGUCCCUGGUGAAUGUCGUCAUGGAAAACUUCAGGAAGUACCAACAUUUCUCUUGUUAUUCUGACCCAGAAGGAAACCAGAAAAGCGUCAUCCUAACCAAACUCUACAGUUCCAACGUGCUGUUCCACUCACUCUUCUGGCCUACAUGUAUGAUGGCUGGGGGUGUGGCAAUCGUCGCGCUGGUGAAACUCACACAGUACCUCUCCCUACUCUGUGAGAGGAUCCAACGGAUCAAUAGAUAAAAGCAAACAUGGAUGA